AUUAGACAGAUAGACAGAUAGAUAGAUAGACAGAGUACAGACGGGGCGAGGCGGGGCAAGGCGAGGAAGAAGAAGAAAGGGCGGAGGGGUGCAAAUCAAGACAUGAACGUGUGGGCAGAGGGAGAGAGGGUCAGGGUACGCAGGGCCAGGGCCAGGGUGAAAGGGGCGCAUUCGUCCUCCCAGCACACGUGUGGCUCCUGCGGCCGUUGCCACCAAAAAACGCCUGUUCUUCUGGUGCUUCUUGUUCUUCCUUGGAGCGUGUCCUCGCCCCUCGUCUUUGGACUAAAAACACCCGGCCAGACCAAGAUGCCAAAAGUGACACCAGGCAGAGGGGCGCAGACGGGGUCUGGAUGGGACCCUGGAUGGGGCUUUGGAAUGGGGCGUGUGGUGAUGAGGACAUCCUCCCCUCAUUCAAAGUCCAAAAAGGACGCGGCGAGCACAAGGUGGUCAGAGGACAGCCGUGGGCUCUCGUGCUACAACGACAAUUGGUGGCAAAAAAAGAUACGCGUCCGAUUCGCAGACGACGGUUUCAUAUAUGUCUUUGGCGUACUGACGCAGAAACAUUUUUUUCUUUCUUUUUUUUUUUCGGUAUCGGGGCGAUAGCGUUCAUCCUUCUCCCCAGCUCGCCUUUUGCUAUUUUCACUACCCGUAUCUCCUCCUCUUUAUUGGUUUCCAUCCACGCUUCUGCCGCGUCCUUCGCUCACAUUCUUGUAUA